GUGGAACCUCCCGACAUGUUGAACAAAUUUUCCUUUGUUAUUCUCGUUCUCGACCUCAGCCAUUCUGCGCUCUAGCUGUACACUCUGGUGCGCGCGUUAUCUGUCAUUCGGCUGCUCUCGGACCCUGUGAUGACGUUUAUAGUCAAGGCUCCGUGUCGCGUCACUUGAGUUCUCGACGAGCGUGACUGCCCACCUCUUUUGAUCAUGCAUAACGUUACCGAAUACCCCAUAUACUAUGAUGCUCUUUAUUAUCCGCAAUAUCACGCCUAUAACUUUGAUACCCCUGACAAAUUUUGUGCAUGGCUGUUGAAAUCGCUCGUAUCUCAUCAUCGUUCCUGUCACACUUGUUCCUUCGAAUUUCGUGGUUGUGUUGCAUUCAAUGGUUUCUCCGUUGUCGUUACGGAUGGCCACAGAUCUCUGUCCCUCCGUCCAAGUGAGUUCGAGUCUUCAGGUUAUCGCCACUGUGUACUUCUGUGCAGGUUCAGUGUGUGUGGUUGUGACGGAUUAGCUUCUUCGCUUGCAAGGAAGUUUGAUUGUCUGCCUGCUUGGAUUGAUUACGACGAGCAGACCAUCGUCACUCACCUUUUUAUAAGUAAUCUUUCCUCUCGUGAAUCUCUUUCCGUUGAGAAGUGUCUGCCUUUGAGACUAGAUGUCUACUUGAGAUGGUUCCGCUACCGUGACAGUGAGGAAAUUCAGGAGCAAAAUUUGCCGGCCCUCUUGGAUAAUGUCCUAGCUCACUUCAUCGCUACCCAACAAUGAGUGAUGCAAUCGAGUAAAGACGAAUGCAAACACUGCUUUCUCGAAUGUCGUCCCGCAAU